AUGGGGCAAGAAAGUUAUUUUGUCUACGACUUCUUCGACAUGUUUUUGGCCACUGAGAAUAUAGGCUCCUGGGAUAUGUAUCUACACCACGUGGUGAUCACCUUCUUCGUGACGUACGCGUACUUUGAAUGCGGCUGUAGCGGUUACGGGGCCUGGAACUACCUGUGUGAACUGUCCAACGUGGCCCUCCAUGGCCGUAAGCUGAUCACCAUGCUAGGCCACAGCAAGAAGUCCAGUCUCUAUAAAGGGAUGAAUCAUUUCUAUUUUUUCACCUUCUUCGUCUUCCGUUUCGGACCACAAGUUUUGGGCCUCCUCAAGUAUCUCAGCGAGGUCAUCGCUCUCCGGGUCUCCCUGCUCUGUGCUUUCCUCUGCAUCCCUAACCAAGUGUUUCUAGUCUGGAUAGGUGUGGACAUCGCCUACAGGAUCACCCUAAGAGAGUUCUUCCCGAAGGAGAAAAAAGAAGAUGGCGGAAAGGUGGCGCGAAAUGGUGGCGGCGGUGGGAUCAGCGGGGCGAAGACAUUGAAGACAGGGUAG